CUAGAUACAGAGUCUUCAAGAGCGCACGGUGUACGAGUGAACGAUUGUAGGUGGCAGGUCCCAGCGCUUUCCCGUAAUUACCGCUGCCGCCGUGUUGUUUGCGCUUUGCCCCUGCCUAACUUGUACGUCACGUGUGACCAUGCACUGUUUACUUCACUUCGGUUUUUCAGCAAAUCUGCGAUUCUACGCGGCAGCAGUUUGUAGAUCUGUGAUUACACGCGACAAAUUUUUCCAUCACCAGGGUGGUAAAGCACAGCAAAUUCGCAGAUUUUUUCUCAGGUGGAUAAGUAUAUAGUCCAAGACAUGGCUACCUGGGUACGGCCUGCCAGACAUGAGAGACAUGACUAUGCUCGCCACAAUCGCCGGUCACCUCCACGCCGCUGGGUGCCUCUACGACCGAGGGCAUUUCAGAGAGGACGUCGCCCUGAGAUGUCGCGCCGUCAUGAGAGCCCCAAUCGUUCAUCUCGGGAGCACAUGCCUCAUAGAGGUAAAAAGCAGCGCAACUAUAGGGAUCCAGACCGUGAGAGGGGAAGGGCAAAGAGCAUGAGUCACGAUUCUAUAUUGAGUUAUGACGACGAAGGCUGUCUCAAGAAAAAAGGUGAUGCCGGACAGAAGGCCAAUGGAAAGGGAGCCAGAGCGAAGUAUCCAACAAAUCAAGAUAUGUCGCUGGAUGAAAGAGGUACAGGAGGAUAUGGAUCUUUCAAGAGGCCAGUUGUCGACCCAAAGUCUAGCGAUAACAGGAAAGACUUAUUCGAAGAGAAGAUGCUCGCCAGAUCUUCUUCCAUUUCUAGGUCUUCAACUGUCACGUCCAGCAAGUCUGGGCCUUACCCGUGAGUGUUCGGCAGCACUGGUAUGAACCUCACUGACAUCAAAAUAGGGCUGAGUC